AUGACUAGCAUGGUUUCUGAGGUACCAUUAUCCGGUGGCCCACCACCUUCUCUUGCAACAACUAUGCCUUCCGUCACAACCCACAUACCGACACCCACACUGAACAACGUAACCCCGCCGCUGUUCCCCAACGACGGCAGACCUAAUCCGCCCAUUUCACCUUCCAUACCGCUGUUUUUUCCCAACGUCGGCGGAUUAAACAACGCCGGUUACAGUUUCUUACCAAACCCAUACACAUCCCAAACGAGCAACGACAAACAAUACCCAUAA